CGGCGGUAGAGCCCGGGAAGGCAACCUCUUCCCCUCACCUCGAAGCCUGGAGAUUUGUACCGCAGUCUGGACGUUACUGUAUGCUUCGGAGUCUGAUGGGCGUCUCUGUUCCCGAUCCGGUGGUUUGGGUGGGCGGCGGGACUCUGGGGGCAAGUCCCAUUAGGCCUCGGAGAGGUGGGGUCAGGCCCAGUCAUUAAGGGUCCCUAACCCCCCACCCCGGAAGGAGCCGAGGCCGAAGCACAAGUUGCAACAGCAUCAUAUUUUCAUUUAUCCUUACCUGGCCUUAUUUUAUUUGGAGUUAUUCUUCGGUUAGCUUUAGGAAGUAGACCAUGGCCAGGAUAAUUCUGCUCAAGGGCCGGACCGAGGAAGCGAGGCCAGGGUCCAUCGGGUAAAUCUGCAGCCACACCUCCAGGCAGCUGGAAGUGGUCCAUGCUUUUAGGAGACUGCUCUUACCCAACCGCAAACUAAAACUCGCCAUGAUCUAGUUCCGAAGCUAUGUAGGGCGGGUUAGUCCAAAACAUCCAUAAAUCAGGCCAAGCAAUGGAAAUAGGGCCGAGGAUGCAUGCUCCACUGCUGAAUCAGGAAGGGAAAAGAGACCACAAUCAAAACCAAAACAAUACCAAAUUUGAGAACUGCAGUGCUUGAACCUUUGACCUCAGACAACUUUCGGAAAUGUCAUGAAGCAAACUAUUCAGUCCUGGGACGCUGAAUCUCUGAUUUAGGGAAUUCAGCUCCUGCGUCAUAGCUUUGUGAGUAAAAUAGAAGAAGAUGACUGAAUUCCAUUGAAUGAGAAUGGCCUGUCCAGAAUAAGACCCACAUAAAGAGAUGAUAUGAAGUGGAGCCAGAGCCACAGCCAACAUAUAACAUGAUGAGAGAUAAACCGUUGUGUGAUGAAGUCCGGAGCAGGAUUCUGAGGCUUUCUGUCCUCCAUGCCGCUCACCAGAAAAGGGACUGUGAACUGGCCCCUCCCUUCUUCUCUUGCUGCUCACCUGCUGGAUCAGCCCCGGACCUCUUCCUGCCUCCACCCCGUGUCUCUGCCUCCCGAGUCAUGUGCUCAGCUUCCACGGUGCUUUGGCACUAGCUGACAGGAAGAAUUUCUGGCCCAGCUGGGAGUGAGAAGAAGGAGUGAGUCUCCUGAGGGCCAUCCUCGAGUCCGCCAGGAUCACCCGAACAUAUGCCAUGAUAAGGGCUGGAUCUGUUGUGGUGAGAUUGGGCCCCAACUCCAAAGGACACUGCCCAGGACUUUAUCCUCGAUGUGAAUCAACCCCAUGAUGCAACAUGCCUCCCCAGCCCCCGCUCUGACGAUGAUGGCCACGCAGAAUGUCCCUCCCCCACCCUACCAGGACAGCCCGCAGAUGACAGCAACUGCUCAGGCUCCCUCUAAGACCCAGGCUGUCCACAUCUCCGCCCCCUCGGCUGCUGCCAGCACGCCUGUGCCCAGUGCCCCCAUUGACCCCCAGGCCCAGCUAGAGGCUGACAAGCGAGCUGUGUACAGGCACCCUCUUUUCCCGCUCCUGACGCUGCUGUUUGAGAAAUGCGAACAGGCCACCCAGGGCUCGGAGUGCAUCACCUCCGCCAGCUUUGAUGUGGACAUCGAGAACUUUGUCCACCAGCAGGAGCAGGAGCACAAACCCUUCUUCAGCGAUGACCCAGAACUGGACAAUCUGAUGGUGAAGGCAAUCCAGGUCCUGAGAAUUCACCUGCUGGAAUUGGAGAAAGUCAAUGAACUCUGCAAGGACUUUUGUAACCGGUACAUCACCUGCCUCAAAACCAAGAUGCACAGCGAUAACCUGCUCAGGAAUGAUCUCGGGGGACCCUACUCCCCCAACCAGCCCUCCAUAAACCUUCACUCACAGGACCUCCUGCAGAAUUCCCCCAAUUCCAUGUCUGGAGUCUCCAAUAACCCCCAGGGGAUUGUGGUCCCAGCCUCAGCUCUCCAGCAGGGCAACAUCGCCAUGACAACCGUCAACUCACAAGUGGUGUCAGGUGGAGCCUUAUACCAGCCGGUUACCAUGGUAACCUCCCAGGGUCAGGUGGUCACCCAAGCAAUCCCCCAGGGAGCCAUCCAGAUCCAGAACACACAGGUUAACCUUGACCUCACCUCCCUCCUGGACAAUGAGGAUAAGAAGUCCAAGAACAAACGAGGAGUCUUGCCCAAGCACGCCACCAAUAUAAUGCGUUCUUGGCUCUUCCAACAUCUCAUGCACCCCUACCCCACGGAGGAUGAGAAGAGGCAGAUCGCAGCCCAGACAAACCUCACCCUCCUGCAAGUAAAUAACUGGUUCAUCAAUGCCCGGAGGCGCAUCCUGCAGCCCAUGCUUGAUGCCAGCAACCCAGACCCUGCCCCGAAAGCCAAGAAGAUCAAGUCUCAGCACCGGCCCACCCAAAGAUUCUGGCCCAACUCCAUUGCUGCGGGGGUGCUGCAGCAGCAGGGUGGCGCCCCAGGGACAAACCCGGACGGUUCCAUCAGCCUGGACAACCUGCAGUCCCUGUCCUCAGA